UUUUAGUUUUUCAAUUUUUCGUUUGUUUUUAGUUUUUAGAUUUUUCGUUUUUCGUUUGUUCUAGUUUUUUAGUUUGUUAAAUUCAUUCUUCUUCUCUUUGUUUUUUUUUAAUUUUUAAAUUCAUUCAUUCUGUUUAUCUUUUUUUAAUUUUUAAUUCAUUGUGUUGUUUUUCAAUUUACAGAUGCUGGCCACCAGGAGGGAGAGAGCCUACCUGAGGGAGGCAAAAACGUGGCUGCGGUGGGAGGACGAGGAGGGUGAAUCCCUGGAAGGCGAAAACAUUUUCGCCAUCCAGGAUUUGCACGCCAGGGCCGCCAAAUGGUUGGCGGAUGUCGAGGACGAGGCCUUCAUGCGCGGAGCUCGCUGGGAGGGAGGUGUAGGCCCAGACACCCCGAGAGCGCGGUGGAUCCGCGCUCUGAGGCGCGAGUCGCGGCAGUUCGAGGCCGAGGGUGAGCAGGUGCUCGCCCUAUACGACGUGUGGGAUGCCUGGAGUCUCAGGAUCCUCUUCGGGGAGGAGCCCGCCCAGCCUGACCUGACGGAGGAGGACUGGUCCCUGGAGCAGUGGGACUGAGACCCCUGCCCCCCCCCUCCAACUUGAUUUAAAUUAAAAAAAAAAAAUGUAUUGUUAAUUUUAAGUUUUUUUAAAAAUAAAACAAAAUUUUAA